GACUCGAGAGAAAAUCAAACGACAUUUGAGUCGAUAAAUCAUUAUAUAACUUCAUAUUUUAAUUGUGAACAAAAAAAAAAACUUCAUAUUUUAAACUUUUGAGAGAUCUUUGAAUGGGGUAUGAUGUGGCAAUUAGACAAAGUCAAAAUCUGAUUUAACUACUCUAUCUAAACUAAAGGAUCUUCCUAACCCCCACAUGUUCCCUAACUAUAGUGGCAUAAACGAGUAAUUAUACACUAAGCAAGUGACUAAUAAUAUCCACUAAUAUCCCCCCCCCACCCCCACUACCUAAAAAACAACCGUUCCCUCUUGUCCCAAUAACCACGACGCCACACUCACUAAAACGUUACAAAACAAAACCCAUUAAACUCGAAUAUCAAACCUCCUCUCGUUGUCUCUCUCUCUCUCUCUAUUUAAUAUCCGAUUUGCUUAUUUGAUAUCAGAGUGAGAAAAGAAAAAGGGAUCACGAAAUGUUUCGAGUAAGCAAUUUCGUUGUGGGUCUAGCCAACACGUUAAUAAUGUUAGUGGGCGUAUCAGCCAUUGGUUAUUCGAUAUACAUGUUCGUUCACCAAGACGUGACCAAUUGUGAAACAGCGAUUCGGGCACCACUUCUCACAACCGGUGUCGUCCUCUUCGUGGUGUCGUUACUAGGAGUGAUCGGUUCUUGCUUCAAGGAGAAUCUCGCCAUGGUCUUGUACUUGAUCAUACUCAUUGCAGGCAUUGUUGCCUUAAUCGGUUUCUCGGUAUUUCUCUUCUUUGUCACGAACAAAGGAGCCGGUCGUGUGGUCUCUGGUAGAGGGUAUAGAGAGUACCAGACGGUUGAUUUCUCGACAUGGCUUAACAGUUUCGUCGGUGGGAAGAGAUGGGUUGGUAUAAGAUCUUGUCUGGCUGAAGCUAGCGUGUGUGAUGAUUUGAGUGGUGGUCCUGUUAGUCAGAUCGCCGAUGAGUUUUAUCACAAGAACUUGUCUCCACUCCAGUCUGGUUGUUGUAAGCCACCGUCAAAUUGCAACUUUGAGUUUAAAAACGCGACGUGCUGGAUACCACCAGCGAAAAACGAAACGGUUGUUGCGGCCAACAACGGUGACUGCGGUGCAUGGAGUAACGUGCAAACGGAGUUAUGUUUUAACUGCAACGCAUGCAAAGCUGGAGUGUUGGCGAAUAUUAGAGAGAAGUGGAGGAACCUUUUGAUAUUCAACGUUUGUCUCAUAAUCCUACUCAUCACCGUCUAUUCUUGCGGUUGUUGUGCUCGUCGUAACAAUCGUACGGCUAGGAAAAGUGGUUUUAAAAGAAAAACAAUGGAGGAUCAGCUAAGACAAUUAAAAGACAUAUUCGAUCGGUUCGACAUGGACGCAGAUGGAAGCUUAACCAUCUUAGAACUCGCGGCCCUGCUCCGGUCCCUCGGUCUCAAACCAUCAGGGGACCAAAUCCAUGUUUUGUUAGCAAACAUGGACGCAAACGGCAACGGUUUUGUCGAGUUUGAUGAGCUCGUAGGCAAUCUUCCCGACCUUAACGAAGAGAUCGGUAACAAUACCGAACAUUUACUCGACAUUUUCAACUCGUUCGAUAGAGAUGGUAAUGGAUUCAUCAGCGCGGCGGAGUUGGCUGGAGCCAUGGCCAAGAUGGGGCAACCGUUGACGUAUAAGGAACUAACGGAGAUGAUCAAAGAAGCUGAUACAAACGGUGAUGGUGUCAUAAGCUUCGGUGAAUUUGCUUCUAUUAUGGCUAAAUCUGCUGUUGAUUAUUUUGGUUUAAAAAUUAAUUCAUGA